UUCCUCACUUGUCGACCCUCUCACAUACCUAAUACACGCGACUCAACCAAAACAAUUCGGAUCUCGAUCCAUCAAACGCUUCCAGAAUGGCCACGGAGGAGCACCAGCGUCUGGCGAGUAUCGUGAAAAGCUGCCACGAAAGUCUGCGGCAGCUGACGAAGGAACAUGGGGCCACGGUGGCCUGGCAGGAGCACACGAGUCCAAGAAACGCCAAGCGUCUAGCGGAGUAUGCCAAGGCCAUGAGACAACUGGCGGCCAUAUGGGAGGCCAACGAGGAUAACGUGGAACUGCAGGCUCGAAGCCGAAUAAAGUGGGCGAUCGACUAUAUCACCAAAUACUUCUUCACGGAGGGAAUCUAUCUGCAGAAGCGACAGCGAGAGCAGCGCCUUCUGGAAUCCUACAGAUGCGAGGGGAAACUGGGCGAGGUGGAGUGCCGCUUGAUGGAGGAACCACCAGACAGACUUCAUGUCUUGGAUGUAGGCAGCUGUUUUAACCCCUUUUCCAGUACCCCCUACCUAGACGUCACUGCCCUGGAUCUAUGCCCUGCCACAGAAGAUGUGCUGCAGGCUGAUUUCCUCAAGGUGGAUGUGCUGCCCGGAAUAGAGGAACCGGGUCUUGAGGCGGGCAGCGUGAGGAGCCUCCCAGCGAGCCACUACGAGUGUGUCAUAUUCAGCUUGCUGCUGGAGUAUAUGCCCACAGCCGAACAACGGUUGCAGUGUUGCCGCAAAGCCUACGAUUUGCUCCUGCCUGAGGGCAUCCUCGUGCUAAUUACACCCGACUCCCAACAUGUUGGCAAGAACGCCCACCUUAUGAAGAACUGGCGCUACUCCCUAGCCCGGAUUGGCUUGCUUCGGGUGCGCUUCGAGAAGCUACCACAUAUAUCGUGUAUGGUGUUCCGUAAGGCCAUCAGCCGGGAGCUCUCCCAGCACUGGGCGAGCAUUCACCGGGAGGAGGGCAUGUGCGAGGAAAUCCGGAUACCACAGGACGAUAGUUAGAUAAGAUACAAGCCUCAUAAAUCGAUGUAAAUAUGUCCGUGUCUACUUAUUUAUGGCUUAACUUAUCUGUGUUAAGUGCGAGUUAAUAAUAAUGGUUGACGAUUUAUCUACUA